CAAGCACCCAUCGCCUCCCCAACCCCACUCUCAUGUCCUUUCCUGCAGGGUUGUGGAGGAGGAACCUCCGCAGCCGUGUAUGCAGUAAUGUAAUUUAUCCACCGAGUUCCGCUUCCACGUAGCCAAGCCUAGAACUUUGGGAGACUUUUGUUCCGUCGCUAGAAUGUAUACAUGUUGCUGAGAAGCCUCUUCGAGCCUUUCUACUUGCAUACUGCCAUCCAAAGAAAUAGCACCCGGUCCAGCACAUUGAGAAUCUUCAUUCGGAUGACAACUUUUAUUUCUCAUCAGCUCUAGCGGCCAGUGCCGCACAGUUAGCCCUCAUGCCGUCCCAUUAUCGCGAGCUCCUCCCCGCACCGGCCCGGAGAUCAGACAGUCCAAGAACAAGCGACGGCGAGAACGAGAAAAGCGCUCUAGAAAAACGCAAAGGUAAACUAGUCAAGAUCGCGUGUCGUGUGUGCCAGCGCAGGCGAGUUAAGUGCGAUGGACAACGUCCAGGGUGUUCGACCUGCAACAAGCGCGGAGAGACUUGUGUGUACGACUUCGACGCAGCCGCGGACACGACACGAUACCAGGCGCUGAGAAACAAGCAUCGCGAGCUAGAGCUCUACUGUAAUCAGAUCGCUGAGGUUCUGGACUUUCUUCGAAAUCGGCCUCGACCGGAGGCUUUGGCAUUUUUAGAGCAGAUCCGCAGAGGUGACUCGCUGGAGGAACUGCAGAGAUCCGUGAAGGAUGAGACUAUUUUGGCUGGCAUUUCCCCCCCAAGCUCCCUCGAGCGGACGGUAGAUGAGAUUAGCACAAAGGACGCCCAUGAGAGGAUAAAUCUCCCUCCGCUCAUGGUUGCCAUCGCAUCCGUUGACAUGGAACGAGAAGCAUACACUCAGGGUCCCAGCCCGUGGGGACCACGUACACCGACAGGGAGUGCCAACUGGCUACGACAGUGACGCAUCAGCAUCCAGCAUAGCGAAAAAAAAUUGAAAUCGUUUGUUGCGCUGAGAUACCAGUAGAGUGUUCAGGAACAAGAUUUUGUAUUGUUGAAACUCGAAUCGAGCAUGAUUUGACAGUUCUUACACACUGACUGUACUCCAAAGAAAAUGCAGCCAAGAUCUGGGAGAUAUUGAGCUGCUGGGGCGGCCGUUUCGAUAGUGCUCUCAUAAAACUCAAUGUUGGAACUACCAAAUGAACGAUGUGAUUUUUUUUUUUGGAUUAGCUCAUCGGAUCAACGCGUGCAUAAAGACCUUGAAGAUUUUGAGCGUGUUUGGCACAGCGAGCGUUAGCAGUGUCUCUUCAACAGCUGUUUUUAGAGUAUCCACACGAUUGAAUCAGUUUUCCAG